CCAGCUUUCGGUAAGCUUCAGACAGACGUCUACGAGUUGGUCGUACUUCAGUCUCAACAGCUGCAGCUCUCUGAACAGCUCAGAGAGCUCGCUAACCCUGCCAGGCGUCCCGCCUUCUUCGUCCAUGCUUCUUACCUCUAAUUGACGCAGCCCAUAACAAAUUACGUAAAGGGCGUGCGUGCGUGCCUUUGCCAGCAUUUGCAUGCCCGGGCGGGCAGGGAUAGGAAAGAUGGCCUCGUCCAGUGGCGAAAGAGCGAACAACACGCAAGGUAUUCGUAUAGACUCCAGUCUAAUAUCCACAGCCUCGGGUGGAGAGGUUGAGAAUGAGUUGGAGGGUCUCGGGGUGAGUGUGUUUGACCAGGGGACGUUUGAGGAGGGGGUCAUGAAGCAGCUGGAUGAGGUGGUGACCCGCCGAGCUGCCGAACAGCGAAGGAAGUUUCUUGUGAAGAACUAUGCCCAAGUUCAGCAGGAGAAGAGUACUCUUCGGCGAGAGCUGGAGGCGCUGUCAAAGAAGAUAGCGUCUCUGUUGUCUCGACCGCUGUGUGACGUGGUACUCAGCUUGAGGGAGAUGAAAUCAGCUCAGGAGCAGAAGAGGAAGCAGAUGUCACAGUUGGAAGUGAGGGAGCGAGAACUGGCCAGGUUGAUAUCUGGGAAAGACGGAUGGAAUGGAGAGAUUGCUGGUGAAAAUGGUGGUGUCAGUGACGCAAUGUUUGCCAUCCCUCCUCCUCGAUGUUGACCUCGGAGCAACUGAAACUAAUCCAGACCGGUCACAUGACCCCGUUCGGAACUUCGGAACUGACCACACCCCCUCAGCAGGACCAGGAGAGGAGCCACAACGAUCCGGGUCUCUCUCAAGAUUCCGGAAAUGCCGUCGCUUCGAGCUCUUCCUCUGUCCCCAGUAGUUCUGGUCUCAGACUGUGCUCUGAGGGUUUCGACGGACUUUUUGACAAUCCAGCUCCGUCUCCUCGUAAAGUAGUCAGAAAGAAAAGUCGGGUGUCUCCAGUGGCCGGAGAACAGAAGAAGACAAAGAAAGGGAAAGACAAGAAGAGGACGGAUUCCGUGGACGGUGUUGGUGAUGGGUGUGAAGGUGAGGGUGUGAGAGGAGGGGAGGAGGGAAAGUGGACUGAGUGGGCCCCCACGAGAGAGGAGGUGGAGGCAAUGGAGAGAGAGAUGGCGGAGGAACAAUGACUGGGAGGAUAAGGAGGGAGAGGAGGGAGAGGAUUCGACUGACUAUACAACAGAUGAAGAGCUAGGAGCAGAGCACGUGUUGGGUAGGAAGAAGACAAAGAGGAGAAGGAGGCCGUUGUCCAGUGGGGAGAGCGAGGAUGGGGAGGGUGAGGGAGGGAGGUUGGAGAGGAGGAAGAGGAGGAGAAGGCUCUCUCAGUCCAACCAUCACCUAGACGACGGAGAUGAAGAACUCUACAGACUCAGAAUGAGAGAGUGUGACAUCACAGAUGACCCCAUGACCUCCGAUAAGGUGAUUGACGGUCGGCUCCGUAUCCCCGGCUCCAUCUGGUCUCGUCUCUAUGGUUACCAGCGGACGGGGGUCCACUGGCUGUGGGAACUGCACUGUCAGCAGGCAGGGGGUGUGGUCGGAGACGAAAUGGGACUCGGGAAGACAAUUGAGAUGAUUGCAUUCCUCACCGGCUUGAGAGUCAGUAGACUCCGGAGUCAUGUGACCAGGGAGCUGGGUCUGGGUCCUGUACUGGUGGUGUGUCCUGCGACUGUGAUGCACCAGUGGGUGUCCGAGUUCCAUACCUGGUGGGCCCCGUUCCGUGUCGCCAUCCUCCACGACACGGGGACCUUCUCUAGAGGACCAAAAUCAGCCCUCGUUGCCGACAUCACUGAAUGUGGUGGUGUCCUGAUAACGACGUAUGCUGGGGUGAGGAUCUAUCGCGACCAUCUCCUCCCGUGCAAGUGGGACUACGUCGUUCUGGACGAGGGACACAAGAUCAGGAACCCCGACACCGAAGUCACUCUUGUCUGCAAACAGUUCGCCACACCUCAUCGGAUCAUCCUGUCGGGGAGCCCCAUGCAGAACAACCUGCGAGAGCUCUGGUCUCUGUUUGACUUUGUCUUCCCCGGGAAACUGGGGACGCUGCCCUGUCUACAUGGAGCAAUUCUCCGUGCCCAUCACUCUCGGGGGAUACUCCAACGCCACUCAGGUCCAGGUGCAGACAGCAUACAGAUGUGCCUGCAUUCUGAGGGACACCAUUAACCCUUAUCUCCUGCGUCGACUCAAGGCAGACGUGAAGAUUCAACUACCCAGCAAGAACGAACAGGUUCCCCAGGCAUUAUGUCAUGCUUAUGUAAUUCCAAUUACAUCAUAAUGAUGUCAUGUUCGGGUAUAUAUACGCAGGUGUUGUUCUGUAAGCUGACAGAGUAUCAGCAAGAGUUGUAUGAGGACUAUGUGACGGGGCCUGAUGUGGCGGCCAUGCUGGUGGGAAGGAAGAAGGUUGGUUUGCCUCUCCCUC